AUGAUGGGGUGUUUAUGUUCCAAAUCAAAAUCCGGUUCUUUCAAAAUUAAGUCAAGUGACAGCAAGAAAAAAGAAAAAGGUUAUUCUUGGGAAAACAAAGAAGAUGUCAAUCCUAAAGACUUUACUAUUGAAAAUGUGAAGGACGAAACUAUUGUUCGAUUGCCUGGUUCCGUGAAAGGACAGCAGUUCAUUAUUCAAAAUUGUGAGAAUAGCAACAUCUAUAUUUAUGACUACAUCAACACCAUUACAGUUGACGAUUGCAAUGGGUGCAAUAUUUUUAUCGGACCUACGAAAGGAAGUGUUUUCUUGAGAGAUUGUGCAGAGUGUCGAUUCUUGAUAGUUUGCCAGCAGUUCCGAUCCAGGGACUGCAAGUUGGUGGAUAUUUUUCUUUGUUGUGCUACACAGCCUAUCAUCGAGUCAUGCAGUGAUAUACGCUUUGGUUGCUUUUGUUACAACUACUCCUUAUUAGAAGAUCAAUUCAAAAAUGCCCAUCUGAGUAUCUUCAAUAAUAAUUGGAGCAACAUCCAUGAUUUCACGCCUGCCGAAGAGGAUAGGAAUUGGAGUUUACUGCCAAAGGAUGCAAGAAUUGAAGACUUCUUUCCCUUGCCAGCUCCAGAGAAACUGGGAGAUUUGCAAAUUAUGACUGAUCCUCAAAGUAGCCUUGUUCCUCAGACACAUGGCUGUUUACAAAGAAUAUCAAUGCAGUACUGCCUUGUAGUUUUCUUCUCUGAUGGUCAUGCACAAAAUCGGGCCCUGUCACUCAUCAAAGAAUUGGAACAGACUGACAACAUACUUCUUCGUACAAAGGAAGUCUUACUUGAAGAACAAGCUGCUGAGCGAAUAUUUGGCACCAAUGCAUACAAUAAAAUUGUCAAAAGAGGUCCUGUCAUUGCUUUGGAGUACAAUGGAAAGGACUGUAUGAACAUAUGUUUUGAAACAGCAAAAAACAUCGCCACUGCAACAGGAUGCACUGGUCUGAUCUACGUCAGCACAUGCGCUAAAACUGCCCGCAAACAAAUUGAGAGUUUCUUCAGUCAUGCGGACAUGCAACUAUCUAGUCAAUAA